AUGGACAGCGGCAGGCGAGCGGACACCGCUACGGCGCGGGCACAGGCCGCGCAGCCUAGCGGCCCGCAACAACGUUAUGUGAAUUGGAAGAACACUAAGGAUACUUUUCAUAAGCACGGUGUUUGCAAGACUCGUGCAGAGGCUAGACUGAAGUGUGACGACUUUAUGAACCAAAGGACAAGUGUUAGUCGAAAAUUAGUUGAGGUAAGCAUAGAGGAAGAAAAACGAUAUGAGAUUCGUUUGACAUCUUCUUUAGAUGUUGCAAGAUUUCUCAUAUCGCAAGGGGAACCUUUUCAUGGAGAUGAUGAGAGUUCUACUUCUCUCAAUAAGGGUACAUUUAGAGAGAUGAUUGACUGGUAUAAAGAUAAGGUAGAUAUAGUGAAGGACGCAUAUGACAAAGGUUCUAAAAAUUGCCAGAUGGUAUCUCUUGAUAUACAAAAGGAUCUUGCAAAAGCUUGUGCAGAGGAAGUCACAACUGUCAUUAUGGAUGAGAUUCGAGGUAGAAAAUUCUCGGUGCUUAUUGAUGAGUCUAGAGAUGUAUCAAUAAAAGAGCAAAUAACAGUAAUUCUAAGGUUUGUGAAUGAUAAAGGGCAAGUGGUGGAGAGAUUUCUUGGACUUCAGCAUGUUCAGAGUUGUACAACUAUUGUAUUGAAAGAAGCUUUGGUUAGUAUGCUUUCAAGUCACAAUUUGUCAAUCUCUAUACUUCGUGGGCAAGGGUACGAUGGAGUUUCUAAUAUGAGAGGUGAAUUUAAUGGGGUGCAGAAAUUAAUUCGUGAUGAAAAUCCUUAUGCUUUCUAUGUGCAUUGUUUUGCCCAUCAAUUACAACUAGUGAUUGUUACUGUUUUGACUUCUAGUGUAGACAUUGCAGAUUUCUUUAACUAUGUUCCUUUAAUAGUCAGUAAUGUGGGUGCAUCUUGUAUGAGAAAAGAUGCCUUGCUUGCAAAGCAUCACGAUGUAUUGCUAGAAAAGAUUGAGAAGGGUGAGAUUAUGACUAGAAGAGGUUUAAAUCAAGAAAGUAGCCUAGUUAGGCCAGGAGAUACUAGAUGGGGUUCACAUCUUAAAACUUUGCUUCGCAUUUUGGUGAUGUGGGAGGCUAUCAUAGAUGUGCUUGAGAUAAUGAAGAAAGACUCCAUUAAACCAAUAAAUAAUGGUGGAGCUUUAGGUUUAAUUGGGAAAAUGGAGAACUUUGAUUUUGUGUUCAUCCUACAUUUGAUGAUAGAAUUGUUGAGCAUGAUAGAUAUUUUAUCACGUGCUUUGCAAAGGAAGGAUCAAGACAUAGUUGAAGCAAUGCAUUUGAUCACGGAUGUGAAAGAUAGCUUAUAG